CCUGGCGUCAUCUAUAACAAUGAAUCUUCUAGCACCGUGUAUUUAGCUUUCGGACAAUAUUAAAAUGACUCUUGCUCCAGAAUCUUCGCAAGUCUCGCCUUUGCCGACGGAUCUGCCCUUUCGCAUAGUAUCAAAGACAAUAGGCAGCGGAGCUUAUGCAUCGAUACGCAAAGCCGUCCCACUCAAGCAGUCAAGCCCAGUUAUCGCGAUUAAAUUCAUAAACAAAGAGCACGCUUUCAAGCGUGGCCGGAUAAAGCCCAAAAACCUCGAAGAUGAAGUCAAACUGCACGCCUAUCUUGGAGCACACCGUAACAUCAUCCAAUUUUACGCCCACGGCGCAGAUACCUUCUGGGUAUGGAUCGCUAUGGAACUGGCCUCCAAUGGCGAUUUGUUCGACAAAAUUGAGGCUGACGUAGGGGUGGGAGAAGAUAUUGCACACCUUUACUUCACCCAGCUUAUGAGUGCAGUAGGGUAUAUGCAUAGCAAGGGUAUCGCACAUAGAGAUUUGAAGCCUGAGAAUAUCCUUGUAGGUGAAAAUGGGGAUUUGAAACUCGCAGACUUCGGGCUCGCCGCCUUAUAUAAAAAAGGAAAUGAAAUGCGGCUGUGUAACACCGUGUGCGGAUCGCCACCCUAUAUCGCACCCGAAGUAGUAAACGGUAAGAGAGGGAAGAGAUAUGAUGUUCUCGAGCAAGGGUACGCUCCACACGUAGCGGAUCUGUGGAGUUGUGGGGUUAUACUAUUCACCCUUCUCGUGGGCAACACACCAUGGGACGAACCCACGGAGAGGAGUUACGAGUUUAAAUUAUACUUGGAUUCGGGAGGCAAGAUGGGGGAUGAGCUGUGGGAGCAGCUGCCCAAAGAUACGCUGUCCCUGCUUAGGGGGAUGAUGAAGCUGGAACCUAGUAAGCGAUUCACGCUGGAGGAAAUACGGAGCCAUCCUUGGAUGCGAAGAACAAACCCGAUUAUGGAUGCAAGUGGAAGAGCAAAAGAUCCCGUCGCUCUUGCGACAAAAAUGAUGGAAAAUUUGAAGGUUAACUUUCAACAUUCGACAGCAUCUCAGCGACAAACCCAGCGCCGGUCAAGCUCGGAAAAUAUGGAGAUUGACAGCGAUAAUAUGGACCUAGGCCGCAGCAUUGCAGCAACACAGCCUGAGACGCCACUGAAUGACUUCGCUUUCGAAUGGGAGAGGCCAAUGAGCCAGCCCGUCUAUUCGCGACCCAGCACCCAGCCUUCACAUGACAUCGCAGAACGUCUGACGGAAGAUCCUACGUUAUCGCAGUUCACACAAACACCUUCAGUCCCUCUUUCACUUACGCAAAUUGCUAAGCGCUUCGGAGACAUUGUGCCAGCCACUCCACUGACACAAUUCCUUUCUGCUCGGCCCGCUGACCUCCUUAUCUCAACAAUUAUCGAUGCUCUCGCAAAACUGCGUGUGCCAGCUUCACCGAUUGAGAGCCUUGACGCGGUUCACAUUCGCAUCAAAACGCGCGACGGUCGAGGCCAAAACCUGAAUGGCCAGGUGAUUAUAAGUCCAUGGAGCAGCCAGAUCUUCGAGGUGCGAUUUGUGAAGCUCAAGGGUGACCCCUUGGAGUGGAGAAGGUUCUUUAAGAACGUAUGUGCGUACUGUAAAGACUUCAUUAUUCGGCCAGAUGAGUUGUAGAUUUACAUUUCUCUUCAGUUAUGGAGAUCAAUAGCGUCCUAACUGUUCUGUUUGAAGAAACAGAACAUCCAUUCUCACCUGACUAGCAGGCAUGAAGCAUCUCCUACGUAUACAGUAUAAACGUGUGGUAAAGUAGAUCAAAUGUGCUUAGUCAAUAGCAGCUCUUCAAUUCUCU